CGCGCGGGGGAGCUGGCGUUGGGCUGGAGGGCGGCUGGUGGGCGGCUGCGCCUUGACCUCUCCCGAGGGUAGAUGGAGUGGGCCGGUGUCCGCUAGCCAGAGGGUCGGCAGCUGUGAGUCCAGGGCGACCCCAGGACCCCAACAGCUGCCACCGGCGGAAAAGACGCCCCCGGGCUUGAGCGAGGCUGGUAUAUGAAAGGCGGAAAGACUUCUCAUCUUCUGCUUCUGAAUGUUGACCUUUUUCAUGCUAAAUGGCGUUUAAUGAUUGCUUUAGUUUGAGCUAUCCUGGUAACCCCCAGCCAGGGGACUUGAUUGAAGUAUUUCGUUCUGGCUAUCAGCACUGGGCACUGUACUUGGGUGAUGGUUAUGUUAUCAACAUAGCACCUCUAGAGGAUGGCAUUUCUUCCUCAUUUACGAGCGCCAAGUCUAUAUUCAGCAGGAAAGCCCUGGUGAAGAUGCAGCUGCUGAGGGAUGUUGUGGGAAAGGACACAUACAGAAUAAACAAUAAAUAUGAUGGGACCUACUCCCCUCUCCCCAUGGAAGAAGUCAUGCAACGGUCAGAGAUGGUUAUUGGACAGGAGGUGGAAUACGACAUACUUGUCAACAACUGUGAGCAUUUUGUGACUUUGCUUCGUUAUGGAGAAGGAGUUUCAGAGCAGGCCAACCAAGCAAUAAGUACCAUUGGGUUUGUGGCAGCUGCUGCUGGUGCCUUCUCACUCCUGGGCUUGUUUCCAAAAAGACAAAGAGCAAAAUACUAUUAACAAUUUACUGAAGAGAUAUUGGAACUGAAGGAAUUUGUGAGGAGGGGAAAAAAAAAAAACUGGGAUGAAUACUUAUUUUCAAUGCAUCAUUAUUGUUCCAAAUUCCAGUGAUGGAUGGCAGGCUCUUUAAUAAAUUGCUUACUGAUACU